AUCCUCUCCCUCUGCUACGGUUACGAGCACCUCGUUAUUAUCCAAUGGCGUUCUUGACUCAUCAAAUCACGUUCGCGAACGUCUUCGGUGACUGCACCGCUCCUCCGCUCCAGCCAGUGCUGCAAUAGGCUGCCAUACGAGCAUCUGAAAUGCAGACAACGAAAAUGCGGCGGUGGUGGCGUGCGUCUCGACCGACGGCCGGCGGUGGGGGCAUUUACUCGGUGUCUUUCGGGUUCACCGGUCGUCGUAGGCUAAUCGGUCUAGGCUUCGCGUCUUGCUACUCUCAGCGUGUGCCGCAUAGUAUUCGCCGUUUAUACCGAUCAAUUGGAUACGAUGAAAAAGAUCCACGCUGCACGAGAACGGGCUUACCCGCACGGGCGUUCCUCUCUUGCCCACCGCGGACACUUUUGUGCUUAGUCAGCCGCUGCGCGCGUCGCUCUUCCCCGUGGAAGUGGGGGGUUCAGGCUUGGUUCGGGUCCCUGCCACCCUCCACCGCCGAACAACUCGUGGCGAUCCUCUCAUCAGUCCUCUCGGCUACUAUCCUGGGACCCACCGUCGAUAAGUUCCGGCGCGGCAUAUUGGAUCGCCGAGCUGUGAUGCAAACGCCGCCUACGAACGACGACGCUCCUCGUUUUCCCGUCGAUGAAUUUCGUGUUGCUUCUUGACCGAAGAGGGGCCUUUUCUCUUCUGGAACCCCAUGCCUGGGCGACCUCUUAGCGGCUCCUGGCAUGAUUGCCGGGUCGAGGUCGGGAGUUACCAUCCCAAUUCGUACGAUGGCUAAAAAGCGAGGGGCAAGCCACUGAAUUUCUAUCACUCCCGC